UGACGUCACUAGGUGUGCAAAGUUCAGAGGAGUGCCGUGAGAGAGCGCGAUGGCGGAGAGUGCGGGGCAAGCUGUGCCUCCGAAGGCCCCCGUGAAGGGAAUCUUGAAGAAAGGAGAGAGAACCUCCAAGAAAGGUGUUGGAAUUGAAACGCCGAGAGAAGGGGAGAAGGCGGGCGCGAUCCAGUGGGACGAGCUGAACAUAAUGAUGACGGAGCACCCGGAGGGGAAGGACUACGGCCACAUGAAGAUAGAUGAGCCCAAGACUCCCUACAACAGACAGGAGGACUCGGGUGACGAGGGGGGAGAAGGGAAGAAGACAGACUUUCCAGAUGAGCUGGCACAGAGGUGGGCUUUAUUGGCGAACAUGUAAACACUCCCUCGGAUCGGUGACAGAGGCUGCAGAGAAACCGAGAGCUAGUCGGUGGGAGGACUCCAGUGAGAAUGAGGUUGACCCUGAUGACCUUUUGUCAGAGGAACAGAUAGAACACAAGAGAAAGUUCCGUGAGUGGAGAAAGCAGCACUACGACGAAUUCCUUGCACGUAAAAGAGCCCGGGAACGGAAGAAAAGGAAGGGACAGGCUGAUGAAAAUGACAGUGAAGAGGUGGGAAGGGACACCAGUGAGUGUAUGGACACUGCAAACACUACCUAACCCUCGUGUUACACAGAUUUUAUCUAUGUAGUCGCCAAUAUAAUUAUCAUUUGGAUGAUAUACAUUUUUUUAUGCUUAUGAAGAUUGAAAAUAGAGAAAUAUAAUAUAUACUCUACUGGAACCAGCCGAUGCUACCAGUUACUGGGUAGAGCCAUCUCUAGGACACGGAUGGCCACUUCGUACCCCAGGAAACAGGCCUGCGUACAAAACAGCAACGAUUAAUAAUGUAGGGGGAUGUGUGGCAACAAAUCAGAAUAGGUACAACUAUACCGAAAAAUAUAUAGUCAGGCUCUAGUAUAUACAUAGCCUCAUCCCCAGGCCUACGAAGAAAGGGAGAUGGGGGCUUGCAAUGUUUACUUCUGUGCAUGCCCCAAAUACUCUGGAUAUCUUGCCAUAUUCUAACACACUGUCACCAUAGUCUUUGGAGGCCAGUUGCAAGCUGACGCGUGAAGCAGAUAGCAUUCAUAAUAACCUUUCCUUACUUCAAACUUCAAUCAACCAACCCUCAACUGACCUUUUGAAGAUCCGUAUCUAUUCAACUGUGUAACUGGGUAUUUAGGUCUGAGGAUUUGUUUAAGAGUGUGCAGAAGCUUGUGUCUAUGUACAUAAUAUGCUAGGCAGCUAUAUACAGACACUGGUUUAACUAA